UCGUUACCCUCCUACGUCAUCGGCCUGCGCCACGUCGAGCUUCUGACAUUCAGCGACAUUCUGUGUUUGCGCUGUUUUCCCUUCUGCAACAGUCAAACCAUAAAGCUGAUGUCAUGCAGAGAGCUACACAAACAGCUGCAUGCUGCUGGGCUCACACUGUCGGCCCUGCGAUGAUUCGCCGGUGCUGCAGAGUUCGAGCCUUGGCGUCGUUCUCCGUCAUGCGGGGUUGUGCUGCUGCGCUUGUUGCAGGCUCCCUGCAGCAGACCUCGCGAGCUUACGGUGUGGUGCCGCCCCCGCGCGACCAUCAGGAGAAGGAGAUGCUGCACCGAAUCCUACGCGUGGACCACGCGGGUGAGUACGGUGCCAACCGCAUCUACGCCGGCCAGAUGGCGGUGUUGGGCCGAUCCAGGACCGGACCUCUCAUCCAGGAAAUGUGGGAUCAGGAAAAGAAACACCUGGAGAAAUUCAAUGAAAUUCUGGCGGAGAACAGAGUUCGACCCACAGCACUCUUACCCUUCUGGAACAUAGUUGGCUUUGCAUUGGGCGCAUCCACUGCCCUGCUGGGAAAAGAGGGAGCAAUGGCAUGCACUGUGGCGGUGGAGGAGAGCAUCUCUGAGCACUACAACAGCCAAAUAAGAGCGCUGAUGGAGAAGGAACCAGAGAGAUAUACCGACCUAUUAAACAUAAUUAAGGAAUUCAGAGAUGAUGAGAUGGACCAUCAUGAUACAGGACUGGAGCAUGAUGCUGAAACACUACCUGGCUACUGGUUCCUGAAGAAUGCAAUACAGCUAGGCUGCAAAGCUGCAAUAUAUAUUUCUGAGCGGGUCUAAGUUUAUAUGAAUUUGUUUUUGUUUUAGUAAAGGUAUGUUGACUUCGUUUUUGUAAGAUAUUUACUUUCUAUUUAAAUUCUGCCUCAUUAAAAAGGCCUCUUGUGAUACAACA